AUGGCCGUGGGGGCACUGGAUGGUGGGAUGGAAUGUACAGACAAGGAUAGUCUACUGACAGAGAUAUCCAGAGAUCUGGACCCACCGUCGGAGUGUGUGGUGGGCUGCACUGCACUAACUUACAUAGCAAUGCUGGAGACCCAGAAUACACAGACAGUACGCUUCAAAGACUCCUCAGCAGGUGAGAACACCAUAUACAACAUUAUAUUGUAUGUAAUCACUGUAUAAUAUGAUAUCCAUAUGACAGUUGAGUGGAAUAGCUGAUAAAACAUGUGAUUUCUUGCAAACUACUUUUUUGCACUGAUAAAAACAGAUCUGGACAAGAGAAAUAGACUAGACCUUGUGCGAACUAUGCUAUAUGUACUUGCUCUGCUGAUUUGAGUGGUCAUCAGCUAUUCAAAAACGUAGUCACUAGUCAGUGAGGGUGUAUGUCAUUAGAAUCCAAUUGAAUGUAUUUGAAUAGAGAGUGGUCCUGUGUAGCUCAGUUGGUAGAUGGCAUAUUAUACUGUAUCACCUACUAAGACAAGCCCCUCUCUUCCACAGGUGAGCAUGGAGAAUACUGCUGGUCUAUGAAUACUCAGUGUAGCCCUGAAUAGCCUGCAUCGUGCUGCCUGUGGAUGUGUCACUGGUUAAUGGGGAAUUUGUUGACUGAAAGCUACUCUCCCCCACCAUAAGGACAUACUAACUCCUCACAGCGGUCCCACACUUCUCUCCAACCUCUGUGGCCUCCACUUCAACGUCACAGGUCACUUCACUUUGACAAAGAGAUGGCCAACGUUCUGCGUGCAGGUGGUCCCACAGCAGAGCACCUUGGGAAACGGUGUUCAUAUUAGAUGCCCACCUUUCCUGGUGAUUAUGUGGCAGAUGCAGAAUCACUCACCUACAAAGCAAGGAGGGGGGUGA